ACAAGCCAGUCAGCUGACCCGGCCCCGCUGCGCCGUCAUCCCGAUUAUAAACGCGCGACCUCUGGACCAGCCGCUUUGACCCGGCCGCCCGGUUCCGCCGCUGCCACCGCCACCGCCGCCGCCGCCGCCGCCUCCGUCGCCAUGCAGCCCCCCCGCCUGCUGCUGCUCAUCCUCGGCCUCCUGGCCGCGCCCGCCGCCGCACUGGUCAGAAUCCCGCUGCACAAGUUCACGUCCAUCCGCCGGACCAUGUCGGAGGCGGCAGGCCCUGUGGAACACCUGAUCGCCAAGGGCCCCAUUUCAAAGUACACCCAGGGGGAGCCCGCCUUGAUCGGGGGGCCCGUCCCUGAGGUGCUCAAGAACUACAUGGACGCCCAGUACUACGGGGAGAUCGGCAUCGGGACCCCCCCGCAGUGUUUCACCGUCGUCUUCGACACUGGCUCCUCCAACCUGUGGGUGCCCUCCAUCCACUGCAAACUCCUGGACUUCGCCUGCUGGAUCCACCACAAGUACAACAGCGGGAAGUCCAGCACGUACGUGAAGAACGGCACGUCCUUUGACAUCCACUACGGCUCGGGCAGCCUCUCCGGGUACCUGAGCCAGGACACCGUGUCGGUGCCCUGUACCUCGGCCUCAUCGGGCGCGGGCGUCAAGGUGGAGAAGCAGAUCUUUGGGGAGGCCACCAAGCAGCCGGGCAUCACCUUCAUCGCGGCCAAGUUCGACGGCAUCCUGGGCAUGGCCUACCCCCGCAUCUCCGUCAACAACGUAGUGCCCGUCUUCGAUAACCUGAUGCAGCAGAAGCUGGUGGACAAGAACAUCUUCUCUUUCUACCUGAACAGGGACCCCAACGCACAGCCCGGGGGCGAGCUGAUGCUGGGAGGCACCGACGCGAAGUACUACAAGGGCCCCAUCAGCUACCUCAACGUCACCCGCAAGGCCUACUGGCAGGUCCACAUGGACGAGGUGGCCGUGGGCAGCAGCCUGACCCUGUGCAAGGAGGGCUGCGAGGCCAUUGUGGACACGGGCACCUCCCUGCUGGUGGGCCCCGUGGAGGAGGUGCGCGCGCUGCAGAAGGCGAUCGGGGCGGUGCCCCUCAUCCAGGGAGAGUACAUGGUCCCCUGUGAGAAGGUGUCCAGCCUUCCCGAGGUCACCUUGAAGCUUGGGGGCAAAGACUACAGGCUCAGCGCAGAGGACUACACACUCAAGGUGUCGCAGGGCGGCAAGAGCAUCUGCCUCAGUGGCUUCAUGGGCAUGGACAUCCCCCCGCCCGCGGGGCCGCUCUGGAUCCUGGGUGACGUCUUCAUCGGCCGCUACUACACCGUGUUCGACCGCGAGGACAACCGUGUGGGCCUGGCAGAGGCCGCCCGGCUGUAGGCGCCAGCGUGCCGCAGGAAGGGAGCUUCCGGUGGGGGGGCGGGGGGGGCCGCCCGCCUUCCGGGCUGUCCCCUCCCCCCCGCACACACUCACACAUUUGCACACUCUCACUUGCCCGCGCUCGGCCCAGCUCUCCGGGUUGCUGGCCUGGCGGGCGCUGUCGUCCUGUGGUCUUCCUUCCCGAGUUGCGGAGCGCCGCCUGCCCGCCUGUCUGCCUGGUGGCAGGCGGGGCCCCCAGUGGGCUCAUGGGUCCCUUUCGCGCUUGCUGGGAAGACCCAGCACGGCUUGGCAGCUGUGGGUUGUGCGCCCCAGGACGACACCACCGUGUCCUGCCCCAGCCUGGGCCCUGGCUGGGCCUCUGGGCAGCUCCGCACCAGGCUGCCUUCCUGGCUCCUCCAGGGCCUGGCGCCGGGCGCGGCCGCCCUGCCCCCCCCCCUCCCCCCCCGGUGUGUCGGGCCCGGCCAGCCAGGGCCAGCUGAGGCAUGGCGACCGGCAGGGCAGAGCCGGACUUGGUGGGAGGGGACAGAAGCCAAGCUGGUUAGGCCUGCGGGUCAUCCCGGUGCUGGACCCCACUGGGGAGGGCAUUGACGGGCCCGAGGUGGGGUGGGGGGCUGGGGCGGGGCGCCUGGCUCCUCUUGGAGGCCGCCCCCUCCCAAGUGGCCGGGAGCCAAAGUUGACAAGAAAAUAAAGUUGCU